AUGCGUCGCUCAUUUUUGUUUCUGGUGAACUUUUCGCCGCUCUUCAUGCCGGCGCUCUCGCCCUCGAUGGAGACGGGCGUGAUUGUGGAGUGGAAGAAGAAGGUGGGCGACCUCGUGAAGGAGAACGAGGUGUUCUGCACCGUGCAGACGGACAAGGCGGUGGUGGACUACACAAAUACGUUCGAAGCCGGCUACCUGGCGAAGAUAUUCUGCCACAACGGGGAGACGGUGGCCGUCGCAAAGACGAUCGCCGUCAUGGUGGAGGACGCGGCCGACGUUGCGAAGGCCGAUGAGUACACGCCGGAGGGGGAGGAGGCGAGUGCCCCUGCCGCGGAAACACCCGCGGCGGCGGAAGCGCCUGCAGCGGCCUCGGGGGGCUCCUCAGAGCUGCCGGCCGGCGUGAAUGCCAGCCCCAUCUUCAUGCCGGCGCUCUCGCCCUCGAUGGAGACGGGCGUGAUUGUGGAGUGGAAGAAGAAGGUGGGCGACCUCGUGAAGGAGAACGAGGUGUUCUGCACCGUGCAGACGGACAAGGCGGUGGUGGACUACACAAAUACGUUCGAAGCCGGCUACCUGGCGAAGAUAUUCUGCCACAACGGGGAGACGGUGGCCGUCGCAAAGACGAUCGCCGUCAUGGUGGAGGACGCGGCCGACGUCCCUAAGCUCGCGGGCUACUGCCCCGAGGACGCCGCCGCGGGUGGCGGCCCGGCUAAAGCUGCGGAAGCGCCUGCCGCCGCCGCCGCCGCCGCGCCUCCGUCUGGCAAGCGAUACGGCGGCUCGCUGGAGGGGGCCAUUGCGGCGAGCGGGCCGGCCGUCAUGCGCAUCGCCGCGCGGCUGGACCGCAAGACGCUGGAGUCGCUCCAAUUCACCGGGAAGGGCGGGCGGUUCUUGAAGAGCGACUUCUUGGGGCAGCCGGGGUUCAACGACGAUGAAGUGCCGCCGCCGGCCGCGUCCGCUGCCCCUGCCGCCCCUGCCGCCGCAGCGACGAGCGGCGCGACGCAGAGGAAACCCGCCGCCGCGGCACAGCCGUCGGCCGGCGGCGGAGUUGUGGUGAGGGCGAUCCCCGUCUACAACCUCAAGGUGAGUGACACCACGCUCCUGCAACAGCUGAUUCGCACGAUGCCGCCGCCGAAGCCAAAAGCCGCUGCCGCAGUUAAGAAGCAGUAA